AUGAGAAAGGAAAGUUUGCAUUGGUUAAAUCUUUCUCGCAACUUUCUUACAGGCAUAGAUCGACUUCCAUGGAAAAAUCUUGAAUAUCUUAACCUUCAUUCCAACUUGAUUCAGGGACCACUUCCAAAUCCACCAUCUUACUUGAGAUUGUUUUCUUUGUCAAACAACAAUUUCACGGGAGAGAUACCUCUCAGCUUUUGCAAUAUGAGUGCCAUAGAAAUUCUAGAUCUUUCUUAUAAUAAUUUGAGUGGUAAAAUUCCGAAAUGCAUGGCAAACCUUAGUAGUAGUCAUGUGUUAGAUCUACAAAAAAAUAGACUGUAUGGCAGCAUUCCUGGAAUUUUUGCAUGGGGCAAUCAUUUCAGGACUAUUAACUUCAACAGCAAUGCACUUGAAGGGUCAACCCCACGAAGUUUGGUUAAUUGUACCAUGCUUGAAGUUCUAGAUCUCAGAAACAACAAGAUCAUUGAUAGUUUCCCGUAUUGGUUGGGAGAUCUUCCGAAGUUGCAGGUUCUUGUUCUUCGCUUCAACAAGUUUUAUGGUUUUGAGUGGGGUUCUUCUGAAUUUAAUAGUUCUUUCCCUAUGCUGAGGAUCUUAGAUCUCUCACACAACAAUUUUAGUGGUUGCUUGCCAACAAGGUUCUUUGAGAAUCUAAAAGCUUUGAUAAAUCUUGUUGAAGCCAAAAGGAACUUGAAUUAUAUGGGUGAAACAUAUUAUCAAGAUUCAGUGGGGAUGGUAGUUAAAGGUUUUGGAAUCCGACUAGAGAAAAUUGUUACCACUUUUACUACCAUUGAUUUUUCAAACAAUUGUUUUCACGGAGAAAUUCCAAACUCAAUUGGAAAACUUCAUUCACUUCGACUCCUCAAUCUCUCUCAAAAUAGCCUAAUCGGUCAUAUUCCUUUGUCUUUCGAAAAUUUGACUGCACUUGAAGCUUUAGACAUAUCUUCAAACAAGCUUGUUGGAAAGAUUCCAUUGCAAUUGGUAGGUUUGACCUUUCUUGCAAAGUUAAACUUAUCACAAAACCAUCUUGUGGGAUCGAUUCCUAAGGGGAACCAGUUCGAGACCUUCCAAAAUGACUCGUACAGUGGAAACCCAGGACUUUGUGGAUUUAUGUUAUCGAACAAAUGUGAUAUUGAUGAGGCACCACAACCAGAAUCAUCAAUAGCCCAUGAUGAAGAACACCACAUUUCAACCUGGUUAGAUUGGAAGUCAUCAUGA